GCUGCAGUUCUUCUAAGAAGACAGGAUGUUUUGGGAUUUGUGAACUACAGUGACACCGUGAAUAACUCCUGUGUGUAGUGGUAAAAGCUUCAGAACAAGGCAGGUAGUGUCUGGUGCGCCGUGCGAACAGUUGACUUCUAACUGACUUCUUUCCACCUGAACAGACGAAGGGAGACUAAUGAAACCAACCUGGUGGUGCCUUGGUGACUGAAGUUUGGAUCAGGCAGUGAGAAGGCAGCUCCAGGGUCCAGUGAGUGUGAAGCGUCAGAUGGCGUGCCAGUCCAAAAGGAUGGGGAACAACAUGGACGUUCAGAAUUUUCAUGGGAAGGAAUCAAUCUGUCUAUGGAAGACACCACAUCAAUCCUUCCCCGGCUCAAGAGGAACUCAAACGCCUAUGGCAUCGGGGCUCUGGCUAAGUCUUCUCUGUCAGGUGUGUCAGGUGUCACACGCACAAUGAAGGAAAGAGUGACCAAGCCCACAGCCAUGGCCCAGGGUCGUGUCGCUCACAUGAUUGAAUGGCAAAACUGGGGCAUGACGACGGUGGGUUCGGGGAGCGUCCUCCAGUCCCGCAUCACUACCCAGGAGCGAGAAAAGGAGCGGCGGCUGGAGAACGAUGCGUACAGUGACCUCAGUGAUGGGGAGAAAGAGGCUCGCUUUGCAGCAGGCAUCCUGCAGCAGUUUGCAAUCUCAGAGGCAACGCUCCUGGCGUGGUCGUCAAUGGAUGGUGAGACUCCGCAGUCAGGAUCAAACCAGGGAAGCGUGGCUCACCUCAGUGAGGUCAACCAGGAGAGCAUCACCAGUCGAGAUCAGAUAUUGCACCACUCCUCAGCGGAGGUGUGGCCUCACACAUACGUCUCCCAGGGCCACUACUGCCUCUCCUCUUCUGAUGCUUGGGAGCCCAUCAACAACGAUCCCUCCGGCGUGGCGUCUCCCCCUGCUGGCUCCUACGUUAUGGGUACGGAGGGCUACGAUGGGCAGGCCACAGCUCACUUCCUGUCUCAGCAACAACAGCAGCAGUUCACUCUCCAGCAGAGUCAACUACAACAGCUGCAGCAGAUCCAACAGUUUCAGCACUACCACCAACAGCAGCUUCUGCAGUAUCAGCAACAGCAGUCUCUGGAGCACAGGCUACACAGUGCCAACCACUCUUUGCAAGCAACACCCAACAGCACCAUCCACAGUCUGGUUCAUCAAAUUCACCCUCCGCUGGUUGAUCUGUGGAACACGGGGCAGAUGGAAGCCUAUCAGGCAGAAGCCGGUGGGUACAUGGGUGUGGCAGCGGCAGUGGAGCCAAGCCUGUGCGUUCCCACUGGUGAAGAGAUGGUAGGAACAGAACACUCCCCGCUACUGGAGCAGCAGGAGGAGGAGGAGGAGGUCAAGGAAGAAGAUGUGGCACUGUGCAUGGAGCAAGAGUCGGCCACAUUGACUCCACCCACACAACAAGGGGAUGCUUCUGGUGGCAGUAGUCCGGGGCAGCUGCCAGCAGAGCCAAUCACAGAGCGGAAGUUGUCUGAUGUCACUUCUGGUCUCAUUCAGACACUAGAGGAGAAGGAAGAGCCAGAAGAGGGGCCUCCUGCUUCUGUGGCAGCCAACUGAGUUUGUGGCAGCCAAGAGACAAAUGAAAAACUGACUGGGGAGUCAGCAAGAAUUGAGCAUAAUAACACAAUAUAUCUCUAUUACUCUGUUCCUUUUCAGGUAUCAAAACCACAACUUUUUUGGUUGCAAGAACAUUUCUUCAAAAUGGUGAGAAACAGAUUUGAUAGUGGACUCCCAAUAAGAGUAGAGCUGAUGCAACAAUGGACACCUGUUUCUUUGCAAGCCUUACAUCCCAAAGGUAACUGAAGAAAAGAGAAUGAAGGCGGAAGAGAGGCACCAACCGAGUGAAUUAUAUCCACUGGGAAACUGCACUGAGACAAAAAAAGAGGGGAAUGGAAACAUGCAUGCUUUUUAUGAAGACAAGCAACUCGACCCUGUCAUCGUCUAAUAAUGAUAAUGAAAAUCUAAAGUAAUAAAAAAAAAACAAUAAUUUUGUAAUAAAAGAAACAAAAAAAAAGAACAACAAUCUAUGUAUAAGUGUAUGAUAAGAUAUGAGAUUUCCAGUGGGAGAACUACUCUGUUUACAGCUGUUAUUCAACACAUAAGAUAGAGUUUAGUCAAAUUUAUUUCCCCAUUGCAUCAAACACAUGCACUAUACUUUACAUCUGGCAACCCAAGCACUUUCACAGACGAUUGAAGUAGGCCCAGAAAAUCUCAGCAUUUCAGUGAAAUGCAGUUUUCCCCGAGGCACAAUCCAGGGACAGGCUCGUCCUGCUGACUGGACACCCAAAAACCCUGCACAGAUAAGGAUUGUACUGUAAGAUAGCGUGCUUCCUACUCUGUCUCUCUGUAUGCAUGUUUCUUCAGAGUACUAUGGAGUACCUGUACUAUACAGCACUGUAUAGACUUUGCACUGAACCAUAGUAUCCCAGGUGUGGCCACAGUGGCCCUGCAGUGGGCCUGCGGUGGGCUUGAGCGGUGGCUUUCAUGACUGAGAAAUAAACACAGAGCUGCAUAUGUGAAUCUCUUUUGCACUGAUGCAAUCCCAACAGAUCAGAGGUUCCCUUUGGACUGUUGAGGUUCCCCAGUUCCUGCUCUGAAAGCUUUCACCAACAACCAAAACCGAGCCACUUGACAACGCGAACCCUCAGCUGCUUUUUUUUUUUCAUAGACGUAAUCGUGAUGAAUAAAGGAUGAUAACCACUAUUUUGAAUGUACUGGAAGACAAGCGGCAGUACACGAGCGCUGCUUUGAUGCCUCCUCCGUGGUCCACAAGAGAGAGAAGGGAGCGCUGUUCUUAUGAAACAAAAACAAGUGGGGGAGUCUUUCAACCAUGUUGGAAAGUGGAUUCACUGCUGGCUCACCAAGACCACAACAACCCACUCACACACACACACACACACACACACACACACACACACACACACACACACACACACACACACACACACACACACACACAGAUAUGAAUAUCUAAAUUGUAACCAGCAAUAGGCAGGCGAGACACUGGCUUCCCAGAUCAGUGUCAACUCUGUCACAAAUAUGUAAAUAUUCUGAGUAAAUAAAGAAAUUGCCUCUCGCUCACAAUCACAACUGUUCUAUUACAGUAUGAUUUCUUUAUUUUUGUACACCUCUUGGGUCCCACCUUAUUUUGGGGAUUGCUCUCUAACUCACAGCUUAGCCUAGCACAGUUUAGUUUUUUCUUCUUCUGUGUGCAACAACACAAAGACAAAAUCAGAGGAAAUGGGAGGGAUGUUGUGUUAUAAGUUGGGUGAUCGAAUCAAACUGAGGGGCGUUCAACCCGCUGAGACCAUCGGCAGUGGAAAAGGUUUGGCGACAGCGACAGGAUGGUUGCCACUCAGUCAGCCAAUCAGGGAAUAGAGCGGACGAUAAGGACUGAACACUGGAGCUGAAAAGAUCGGUGUCUUCCUGCUCAUCGUUCUUACUGUGAAGCAGCUGCCUGGAUGUUUGACAAGCAUGGUUUAUUUUUUGUGGGUUUUUCUUUUUCUUUCACUGGAGGAAGGACGGUGUUUGCUAGCGAGACGUGGAGUUAAACAGCGGCUGUGAACAAAGUGGACUUUCCGUGCAUGGCUCACUGACAAAACUUUACGACACUACAAAACCACUGUUUUCUCUGUUGGAGAAGCACCUUCUCCUCUCACUUUGAUGAUUGUGUGAGAACCUUUUAAGAUGAUAAAAUAUAUGGUUUAUUGACUUGAAUGAAUUUAUUUAUUGAUUGCUUCUUUAUGCAAUGUUGGGGACAAUGUUUAUUUUUCUACUGACCUGCUGAAUUCCCUCCCGGUAUAAGUUAGAGUAGGUGUCACGGCUGUAAAGCACUCUCGUUUUGUCUGGUUUUGAGCACUUUAAACCAAGAAGAGGUACGAGAUGGAGCAGUUUGGCAGCUCACUGUUUUUAAAAACUUCAAGAAUUUCAGUAGUGCCAGGUGACAAAAACUUAAAGACGGCUCAAAACUGCAAACAGAAUGUCUUUACGCAAUGGCAAAUAUUAAUUUAUUUAUUGAAAAAUUACUUGGUGGGGAGGAAAAAUGUGACAUCUUGUACAGAGUAUAAUUUCACGUGGGUACCAACCCUUCUGGGAGCAGUAUCUUUUUUUUUAUGAGUCAGAUGACGUAAUGUGGUGGAAAGACCAAUGCUUUAUAUAUAUUUUUUUGACCAUCGCAGCUUAUUUGGGCUUGACUGUUUGCUAAUAAGCUACAUCACAAGGAAACAUGCAUGAACUCCAUUAUAGACACUGCUUCACUUUGGGUUAUUUUUAUUUAUUUAUUUAUCUUUUUAUUUAUUUUGUGUCGUUGCUUUCUUUCUUUUUUCUUUUUUAAUUAAAUCUCAAUGAAUGAAUAAACAAAUAAUAAGAAGCCAAAAAUAUUUCUGUGGAUGUUAAGGUUUACUGAUCACAUCUUUGUUAACCUACUGGUUUGCAGUUGAGUCACUCUUUUUGUAUUUCUACUGCCAUCUUCCAGUUACAGUUACAACUUGUCUGCAGGCAUGAUGCUCAAAAUCUGCUUCUGGUCCUCUGCCUUGCUCCUUCUCUUCCUUUCCGUCUAUCUCUUUGUAUCUGCUCUGUAUAUUUGUGUCUGUCUGUAUGUCUGUCUGUGUACAGUAAGAUGUCCACUGUCUUGUUGGAAAAAUCACUGCCAAAAAAAAGAGAAGAAAACCAGAAAAAUAACUUGAUGUUUUCACAUCAGUCAUAGGGAAUUUGAUAAUUAUAAUCUGGAAGUGUGUGGCAAAAAAGUAACUGCUGUAUAAAACGCUGUAUAAAAUUGGAUGGCUUCUGUAAAAGUGCAUAAAAUUGGAUUUGUUUGAAAUGAGGCAGUGUGACUGGUGAUACCAGUGAACACUUAUAACACUCCCACCUAUGCAUGCUUGUUGGAUGGCUGUCACAGGAUGGUUCUUCCGUGCUCCCCCCACUCUCUCUCUCUUCUGUCAACUCUCCGUUUCUUCCCGUUUCUCUUCCUUUCCCCUCUUUUCCUGCACGACCUCCUAUUCACCCUCUGGCUCCUUUUACCUGUCUCCUCUUUUCCUCUGGUGGAGAAAGAGCAAAUAAACAAAACCAACAAAUGGCAUUUCUUGUGCACACGUGUGGUUAUGUUUUCACAGGUUGGAAAUAAUUAGAUUCUCACAUGUUCACCUCCUUUCUCUCAAGAGCUUAGUGAUAUGUUUUGGGUUUUUUCUUUCUUUUUCUUUUUCUUUUUUGGGCUGACAGUGGGUGUCUGAGACCAUGUGCUUGACAGACAAAAACAGCAGUCACAAGGAGCUGGCAGCAGAGUAAUCCAGCCUGUCAUGCUUUUCCAAAAACAUCCCUCUCCAGUCCUUAUCAGGGACUUUUAUGCCAGGAGAAUAUUAACACAGUCAGGCCUCCUCCAUAGGGACUAACUGCUGAUUUGUUCAAGCUCACAUAGGAAUCAGAGCCUGAAACACACUGCUGACCUUCACAGCACAGAAAUGUUUAUAUGCAUGCAGAUGUUCUCUUUUUAGACUUUUUCAUU